UGAAGAUUAGAGUCUAUUCCUUCGCUCUAGAGACCCUUUAUCCAUUUUUUUAUAGCUUCUUCCUGUAGUUACUAGCCAUAACUUCAAUUGCACAUGCACUUCUACUCUUCCUUGGUCAUUCAUUCAGUAUAGGGAAUGGUUAUUGAAAAAAAAGAACUCUGUUUUAGUGUUUGGCAGCCUUUAAAGAUAAUAGUUUGCUAGUAGCCUUAGCCAGAAAAUGCAGGAACAACAACACGGCUCUUCAGCGUUGCUGCAUGAGUUUCUAGGGUACAACACAGCCAAUCGCAGUAGUUUAGUUGACCGCAGCAGUUUAGUUGAUGAGGAGGACCAGGAAUCUACAUUGAAGGGGGUAGCCCACGGCGAAAUACAGGAGGAGGACCAGCACAGGGACGAUUGUAGGGUGCUUAGGGUGGAUAAUGAGAAUGACUUACUAGUAAAUGCACAAGAGCAGGAAGAUAUGGAAAAUGGUGAUAAGGAAAGCGUUGCAGGUACUCCACUACAGGACAACGCCACCAGUUUGAAGAUAGUAAUGGGUAAUAAAAGACCGCCUGCUGAGGAGGAAACGGAGGGGGAGCAGAAGGAUUUCACUUCAACAUCGACUAAGCAACAACCCCCUCCGAGGACUAGCACUAGAGGGGGAAGCAAUUUUACGAAGAAGAAAACGCUAUCCUUUGCUCCUUCUGAAGAGAUAGUGGACAGCUCUUAUCAGAAAUCGUCACGAGAGAUGGAUCGGAAGGACUCUUCUCGGAAAUCUACGUCAAAAAGAUCAUCCCGAAAAAACAUAAUUGGAAGACUGGAGGCUCCACCAACUCCACCGAACAUAUUGUUGUCCACAAAGCAGUCCAGGGAGAGUAAGAAAGACCUCCCUGUGGAGGAGGGGCUAGUAGAGGAGUCGCCUGACGCUGACGACCUGACACCACGAAAAGACUACCUGAAAAGACGGGAGAAGCGACGAGAAAAAGCAAAAGACACUAGCCAAAAGCCAGAGUUUCAGAAUCCCACUUUUUUAACCAAGACGAGCAGAAGGAGGAGCUCUUCUUAUGGCGUGCGUGCUCCUCCUGAGGGAGAAGGUGAGGUGGCAGAAGACACGGCUCUUGCGGUUGAGGUUGAGGUUGCUGCAGGAACGGAUCGUGGUGCUGGAGAUACGGAAAAAAUUGAGACACCACGAUUACAACUGGUUGAAGUUGCGGAUGCCAACUCGACUGGGGCACAACAGACCUUUAUCUCGAAAAAAGCUUUGAAUACAGUAGUGACUGGGCUUACCAAGGAUUUGUCACGCGUGAUCGAUCGGGUCUCGGAAGUUGAAGCAAAGCUUGACUCUGUUUAUACCUCGUCAGAAACUACAAGGAGGGGUGCUGGCCCUUCAGCUGCAGCUCCGGCUUUCGUUGGGGGUAAGCCAAAAAUGGUCGUACCUUCACCAAGUAGCAGAACAAGUGCUGGCGCAUCACUAUCACAAUCGCCAUCACGUUCACUGCCGCGGCCGACAAGUGGGUCAGGGUCAACCUAUGAUCGUACU